AUGUGGGAAGACAAGUACAUCGGCCUCGCGCUAGCGGUCUCUAGCUCGCUAGCCAUCGGUACGAGCUUCAUCCUCACCAAAAAGGGUCUGAACCAGGCCGGAGAGUCAUCUGCAUACUCCUCCGCAUCCGACAACUAUGCAUAUUUUCAAAACCCAAUAUGGUGGGCAGGAAUGACGACAUUAAUCAUUGGCGAAGUCGCCAACUUCGCAGCGUACACCUUUGCGCCCCCGAUCCUGGUCACCCCGCUCGGCGCAUUGAGUGUGAUUAUUGGUGCGAUUCUGGCUUCUUUUCUCCUGCAUGAAGAACUUGGUCACCUUGGUCGCCUCGGAUGCUCGCUCUGCCUACUUGGGUCUCUAAUAAUCGUGCUUCACGCGCCGCCGGACAAGGAAGUAGAAACGGUGGACGAGAUUCUGCGUUAUGCCACGCAACCUGGGUUCCUGAUGUACUGUUUCACGGUGCUCGUGUUCAGUUUGGUGAUGAUCUACUUUGUGGUACCCAAGUACGGCCGGACGAACCCCACGGUCUACAUCUCCAUUUGCUCCCUCGUUGGUUCAGUUUCCGUGAUGGCGAUCAAGGGUUUCGGCGUUGCUGUCAAGCUUACGCUCAACGGGAACAAUCAAUUCACCCUUCUCAGCACCUACGUGUUCGGCAUCACCGUGGUGGGCUGUAUAUUGGUCCAGAUGAACUACUUCAACAAGGCUCUUGACACGUUCUCCACCAAUGUUGUCAACCCCAUGUAUUACGUCGGUUUCUCCACGGCCACCAUCGUCGCCUCUGUGAUUCUCUUCCAGGGCUUCAACACUGACGACCCGGCCAACUCCAUAUCUCUCCUUGCCGGUUUUGUCACGACCUUCCUUGGUGUCCACCUGCUCGAACUCUCCCGCAAGCCAGAUCCAAACACGACCGCCGGUGCGCACUCAGCCCUCGAAGGCGGUCUCAUGAAUCCACGUCUAUCCAUCCACGGCCGCAUGUCGAUCGACGGCUGGUCUGGGGCAGCAGGAACCCCCAUCGGAGGCAGCUUUGGCCCAACUGUACAUGGACACGGCCGGCGAAGCUCGCUAUACCGGAACCAGACCCAGACGCUCUUCAACGCCUUCGACGAGGACGACGAGAUAGAGCGCGAGCGGGACGGCGUCGGACUCGACACGCUCCACGAGGCGGAGGACGACGAGCUGGAGGCGGACGAGCGCACCGCGCUGCGCUCAGGCGGUGGGCGGAGGGACCGGAUCUCGUUUGGGAACGGGCACGCGCUUGGGAACGGGCACGCGCGGCGCGGGUCGCGCAGCACGAGCCAUACGCCGCUCGAGUCGCGGUCCCCGCGGUGA